AUGGAAUCCUUCGCCGCCGCCGCCACCGACUACACUUCCCUCAACCUCGGCCUGCACCUCGGCUGCGGCGGCGGCAGCAAAUUGCCGUAUCGGGAGGGAGAACAGCAGGUGAGUGAAAAAUCUACGACUAUAUCUCCUUACUUUUGCUUUAAUUUUCCGGGCGCUUGGUUCGAUCGAAGAUGGGUUCUAUUGGGCAGCUCCCCAUCUCGGAGGGCUCGCCGGGCGGCGGCGCCCUGGAAGCGGAGCUGAGCCGCAUGAACGACGAGAACAGGAAGCUCAACGAGAAGCUGAGCAUCAUGAAAGAGAGUUACUGCGCCUUGCGGACUCAACUGAUGUGCUUGAUGAGCACGUCGCCUACAGAUAGGGCGCCGGCUUCUCCUUCGGGGAAGAGGAAAGCAGACAGUUUCGAGACGGUCGGAAGCGACGACGUAAUCGCCGCCGGCGUUGUUGCGGCGAUCUGCACGGAGAGCACUUCCGGAGAAGACGAUCUCUGCAAGAGAACCAGGGAGGAGCCGAAAGUUAAGAUUUCCAAGAUCAGCGUUCGGACGAGCCCAACUGAUACGACCCUGGUAAGCUCCUGAACCAGGAAGGAUCGUCGCCAUGGCCGAGCAGGCCGGUAUGCUGUUGAUCUGAGGGCGCCUGUCUGUGAUGUUUGGUCAGGUGGUGAAGGACGGGUACCAGUGGAGAAAAUACGGCCAGAAGAUCACCAGAGACAACCCGUCCCCUCGAGCUUACUUCAGAUGCUCCUUCGCCCCUUCGUGCCCCGUCAAGAAAAAGGUACACCCCGCCCCCUCGCAUCGCUGAAUCUCUCCGUCUCCAAGAGUUUCUGAUAUUAUAAUGUUCUUGCAAUGGAAGUAAUGAAAGAAAAUCAUUUCAUUCGAUCUAUGAGAUUAUCAUAUUGCUCGCUAUGUAGAUUUUAUGUUCGUAAAUUCUGAAUGGGAUGGUGCAAUUCUUCCACUUCAGGUGCAGAGAAGCGUGGACGACAGAUCUAUCCUGGUAGCCACCUACGAAGGAGAGCACAACCACCCUCUACCAUCUCAACCAGAGGCGGCGGCGGCCGCCACCGCUUGCAAGGUCGCCGCACCCGGAUCAAACGGCGAGCUCGAGACGGCGGGCCACCGGAGGAUCGGCUCGUGGGGGUUCCAUCGGUUGCUGGCUGAGCAGAUGGCCUCCUCUUUGACCAAGGACCCCGACUUCACGGCGGCGCUGGCGAGCGCCAUUUCGGGCAAAAUUCUGCAGCUAUAG